AAGGACAAAAUCUCAUCCUCCCCUGGUCAUGCAGAGUUAAAAAACCUGGAAUUAAAAGAAAGAAGGGGGUUGGUUUGUUGUCUGUAAGCACCAAUUGCAGUGUUUCAGUGAUGGCUGAAGCGCACGAAGAAGAGCGCCUUGACGUCCUCACGAGAACAGGUCAAAAAACUGGGAUUUCAAAAAAUAGGAGUGAGGUUCACAGAGAUGGAGAUUUUCAUCGAUCUGUUCAUGUGUGGAUUUUUUCUGAGAGUACUCAAGAGUUGCUUCUGCAGCGCCGAGCUGACUGCAAGGAUUCGUGGCCAGGGUUGUGGGAUAUAUCAAGCGCUGGCCAUAUAUCUGCUGGUGAUUCGUCACUUGUAUCGGCCAGGAGGGAACUUCAUGAAGAACUAGGUUUGGCUCUUCCAAAUGAUGCAUUUGAGUUGAUUUUCGUUUUUCUUCAAAAAUGUGUUCUAAAUGAUGGUAAAUUUAUCAACAAUGAAUUCAAUGAUGUGUAUCUGGUAACGACUCUAGCUCCAAUUCCUUUGGAGGCCUUUACUCUUCAGGAAUCAGAAGUUUCUGCUGUUAAAUAUAUUUCUUUGGAGGAAUAUAGAAGCUUACUUGCAAAAGAAGAUCACGAAUAUGUUCCUUGUGAUGUAAAUGGGCAAUAUGGUCAAUUAUUUGAUAUACUUGCAAAAAGGUACAAUUGUAAUACAGAGGCUCGAUGUUUGAGUCUGCAGAAACAGAUUUCUCGUUAUUCUCCAGUUUGUCUUGAUCCAGAGCUGAAUGGGAUCUCAGAAGCGGACAAGGAAGCUCUGGUCUUGCUUAUUAAAGCUGCAACUGUAAUUGAUGACAUUUUCUAUUUGCAGGUAUGGUACAGUAAUCCAGCAUUGCGAGAUUGGUUAAAGGAGCAUUGCGAUAAAUCUAGCCUGGAUAAGUUGAAAUGGAAGUAUUAUUCAAUCAAUAAGAGUCCCUGGUCAUCCCUUGAUGAGAACAAGGCGUUUUUGACAACUGUAGACUCAGCUGUCAAGCUGCAUGUGGAAUCCACAAAGUCUGUACCUGGGUGGAAGGGACUUGAAUAUAGAGCUGCAUUCCCUGUGCAGAAACCCCCUGGUGCUAAUUUCUACCCUCCAGAUAUGGACAAAAAGGAAUUUGAAUUAUGGAAGAAUUGUUUAAGCGAGGAUCAACAAAAAGCUGCUACAGGAUAUUUUACUGUUAUUAGAAGACAUAGUGAAUCUGUUUUGGACGUCUCUCCAUUCAGUGAUAAAUCUGGUAGCAUUCAUCAGGUUGUUCGGCCAGUAAAUGAUCUUUUCAUUGCUCCUUACUCAGAAGAGUAUAAGCCAUUUCUUAUAAAAGCUGCUGAGCUGCUGAAUAAAGCAGGGGACUUGACUGAUUCUCCCAGUUUGAAGAGGCUGCUGAAGACAAAAGCUGAUGCUUUUCUUUCAAAUGAUUACUAUGAAUCUGACAUAGCCUGGAUGGAGUUGGACUCUAAGUUGGACAUUACUAUUGGUCCAUAUGAGACUUAUGAAGAUACAGUUUUUGGUUACAAGGCUACAUUUGAAGCAUUCAUUGGAAUCCGUGAUGAAAAAGCAACAUCUCAAGUUAAACUCUUCGGUGAUCAUUUGCAAGUUUUGGAGCAAAAUCUUCCAUUAGACAACAUAUACAAAUCAAAAGAUGUCAUUGCUGCUCCAAUUCGUGUGAUACAGCUGGUUUACAAUGCAGGAGAUAUAAAGGGUCCUCAAACUAUUGCUUUCAAUUUACCAAAUGAUGAACGUAUAGUGAAAGACCGUGGGACGUCAAUGGUCAUGCUCAAGAAUGUCUCAGAGGCCAAGUUCAAGCAGAUUCUUCAACCAAUAGCUGAUAUAUGUAUUGGAGAAGAACAGCGGAUACAUGUUGAUUUUGAGUCUUUUUUCACUCAUACAAUUUGCCAUGAGUGCUGCCAUGGGAUUGGACCUCACACAAUAACACUUCCAAGUGGUCAAAAGUCUACAGUCAGAUUGGAGCUACAAGAACUCCACUCAGCUUUGGAAGAAGCAAAAGCAGAUAUUGUUGGCCUUUGGGCACUAAAGUUUCUAAUAAAAAAGGAACUGCUUCCAAUAAGCUUGAUUAAAUCUAUGUAUGUUUCUUUCCUCGCGGGAUGCUUCCGAUCAAUACGCUUUGGGUUAGAAGAAGCUCAUGGAAAAGGUCAAGCACUGCAGUUUAACUGGUUAUUUGAAAAAGAAGCCUUUGUUUUGCACUCAGAUGGAACAUUUUCUGUCGAUUUUACCAAGGUUGAAGAAGCUGUCGAGAGUUUGAGCAGGAAGAUACUUACCAUACAGGCAAAAGGUGACAAAGAAGCUGCAAAGUCACUUCUUCAGGAAUAUGGUAAAAUGACAGAACCUUUGCAAGUUGCGAUGGAGAAAUUAGAAAGAAUCCAGGUACCGGUGGAUAUCUCUCCCAUAUUUCGUAUCGCUGACAAACUGUUGGAGAAAAAUCAUAAGCAAAUGUGACAUGCCUUUUUACCGUUCCAUUGGGUCUCUACUUGUUUCAUUUUGGUCUGAGAGACCAAGAUGUGGAUGUUGUCUUGAAAAUAUAUUGAGUUUGUGGGGGAGUGUGUUUAAAGCAACUGAUGGAUCAAGGAUGACCACCCAUGAGACAUGAAAGUGGAAGAACUUCUAUCACCAUCAUCCUUCAAAACAUGAGCCUGUAUCCUU